AUGAGGUCGGGUCAGCUCAACCAUCCGGAUCCGGCUCACCCAUACAACCUCCCAACAUGGAGGAAGCUGCUCAUGCUUGCCACCGUGUCGCUCACUGCAUUUGCAGCCAACCACAUGGCUGGAGCUCAUUUGACUGCCUUCCACCCGAUGUCGGUGUCCUUUGAUAAAAGCAUUGCGGCGAUUGCCAACACGAUCGGUAUCGCUAUUCUCGGUCUCGGAACGGGUCCUCUGCUGUGGAACGCCUUCUCCGAAUCGAUUGGUCGUCGACCAACCUACAUUAUCGGUUGGACUUUGUACAUUCCAUGUGCGGUCUGGCUGAGUCGAGCGGGUAGCUUCAACAGCUUUGCUGCUGCUCGAUACUUUGCUGGGUUUGUCAGUUCUGUCUCUCAGACUGUGCCCGCUUCGCUCAUCUCCGAGACUUUCCAGCCGGAACAUCGAGGUGCUGCUAUCGCUACGUGGACGGUGCUGCUCAUUGCUGGUCCCGUAACCGCGCCUGUGAUCGGUGCGGGUAUCUUGACACGCACUACCGACUGGCGAUGGAUCUACUACCUCGUGCUCAUCCUUGCCGGUGCCUUGUGGUUCUGCGUCCUCCUCUUCAUUCCCGAGACGCGAUACAUUCCCAACACAUCCGCCGCCGCCGCCACCGCCCACACCACGGCCGGUGCACACAACCCAACGUCGACGCUCGACGAAGCAGAAAAGAAGGACUCGCACUCGAUCGAGCACGGCACAUCGACUCCACCGCUCACCAACACGGUCACGCUCGAGAAUGGCUCCUCGUACGGUCGCGUUGGCGCAGCAUGGUAUCCAUGGAAGGAGCCGGUUCGAUUCCUCAACGAGAUCGUCGCGCCGCUCAAGAUGGCCAUGUACCUGCCGCUGAUCCUGCCCUCGAUCCUGUACGCUGUCAUCUUCAUGUGGUCUGUCGGCUUCACCGUGGUCAGCCCACAAGUGUUCCCUCGCCCGCCCUGGCACUUCACAAAUGUGCAGGUGGGUCUUGCGUUCAUUGCUGCCGCAGUGGGCGCUCUGAUUGGCAAGUUUGCAGGUGGCUACGUCAGCGACUGGACCGUCGACUAUUUCGUCCGUCGAAACUCGACCGGUCCCAACGCAGGCAAGCGUGUGCCCGAGUACCGCCUCUGGGCACUGCUCCCGCACGUGCCCUUGCUCACCCUCAGCCUGCUGCUCUUCGGCAUCGGCUACAACAACAAGCUCGGCUGGCCCGUCGAAGUCAUCGGCGGCAUCGGCGUCUACUAUGUCUCGAACUCGGCCGCAGGCGGAAUUCUGCAGACGUACAUCAUCGAGUCGUACAUCACCCAGGCCGUGCACGGCAUUGCGCUCUUCAACUUUGUCAAGUGCGUCCUGGCCUUCUCGGCACCCUUCUUUGUGCCCGAGUGGGCGUUAAGGGACUUCACCAAGGCGUACGUUGUCCAGGCCGUGGUCACCGCCGCACUGACGCUGGCAACGCUCGUGGUGCUGCUCAUCUUUGGCGCAAAGCUGCGUCGCGCGCAGAAGAUGGUCUCGACUGCUUGA